AUGGCGUCAUCGGCGGCCAGGUCGGCCGGUGAAGGCACAUCAGUCUCCUCCGUGGCAGGUGCUUCUCCUUCCGCUGGGUUGCUGGGAAUACCCCCUGCCGCCACUCCACCGCUCCCGCCAUUUCAACCGCUCCGUUGCCACCGCGGCCCACCGGCAUCCACGGCGUGCGGCCUCCCCGUGGUGGUCCCCAGGUUAUCGCUCCCAGCCGUGCCGACCUCCUCGUCUCUACAGCCGCUGCCGCUACGUUCGAGCCCGCUGCUGCCGCUGUCGUAUCUGUCACUGCCGGCGCCCCAUUGGUGGCGCGGACUUGGUUUCCCGGCGCCUGCGUCGGCGCGGCCUGCGUCGUUGUCUGCGCGGUGGAGGUCGCCACAGCCGCUUCGACGUGAGAUGGCGGCGGACGCGCUGGCCCUUGUGGCGACUGCCCUUGCAGCAGCCAGCCCAGGAGGGGUCCCGGGACGCCAGGUCCCAGCCCUGCUCCAGGCCGCCUCGGUGCUGGCUGGGCGCGGAGCUUCUUCCCGCGAGCGGCGCAAGAGGCGACGCCAGUCCCGGGAACCGGUCUACCACUCCCCGCCCGACCGUGUCCGUGCAUGUAGCAGCGGUUCAGGCGGUCGCACCACAGCCGGCGAGGUUAAGCCGCCGUCAGAGGCGGCAGCAGUCUCGGCAGCGGACACUCCCCCCACCGUCCCAGCCGUUUGUGUCCCCUCCUGCGCCAUCCUCGUCCCCUCAGCUGCAGCAGCUGCGUCAGUCUCCUCCAGCAGCGCCGCACCCUCGGCCUCAGCAGCAUUAGCAGCCGCCGCCAAACCAAGUCUCGACGUUGGGGGGAUGGUACCGUCGGAGCAGUCGGCGGCAGUGGCAGCAGCAACGGAGAUGCUGCAUUAUCUCCCCUUGAUCGGUCUUGUCCCUGGCGCCCCUGGUGCAGCACUCGGGCCCGGGCCUGGGGCAAUGAUGCGGCUUGCAGAGUCCGCUCAGCAGGCCCCCCUUGGCCUUGUAUCAGCAGCCGCAUCCGUCCUGCGUUGGAUGGACGGGAGGCUGUGCUGGAUACUCGCCGAGUAG